AGGAGAGCUUGCUCUGCUAUAAUAAGCCAACAAGAGCCCUAUGUAAACACACAGAGAGGGGGGCAGAGAGAGAGAUUCUUUGAGAGAAAGAAUGGAGAAGGAUGAGAGAGUGAUUGCAAAGGAUGAGCCCAAGUAUAGAGGAAUCAAAGCCAUGCCCUUUGUCAUAGGAAAUGAGACAUUUGAGAAGCUGGGAACACUUGGGACCUCAGCCAACCUCUUGGUGUACCUCACCAAUGUCUUCAACAUGAACACAAUUUCUGCAACUAAUCUCAUCAACAUCUUCAACGGCACCUGCAACUUUGGAACUCUUCUUGGAGCUUUCCUCUCCGACACUUACUUCGGCAGAUAUAAAACUCUGGGAUUUGCUUCCAUUUCCUCCUUCCUGGGUAUGCUUAUACUGACACUCACAGCAGCCAUCUCCAAGCUUCACCCUACAAAUUGUGGAACAGGACAGGCUAGCACCUGCAUUGGCCCAACAGCAGGACAAAUGACUUUCCUACUUACUGGUUUUGGAUUCCUUGUGAUUGGUGCUAGUGGUAUAAGGCCAUGUAACUUGGCCUUCGGAGCUGACCAGUUCAAUCCCAACACUGAAUCUGGGAAGAGGGGAAUCAGCAGCUUCUUCAACUGGUACUACUUCACCUUCACCUUCGCGAUGAUGGCGUCGCUGACAGCUAUCGUCUAUGUGCAGUCCAGUGUCAGCUGGGCUCUGGGACUGGCAAUUCCCACAUUCCUCAUGUUCUUGUCUUGCUUCUUCUUCUUCAUCGGUACAAGAAUUUAUGUCAAAGUGGUGCCUCAGGGAAGCCCCUUGACAAGUUUGGUGCAGGUCAUAGUGGCCGCAAACAAGAAGAGGAGCUUUAAGUUGCCAGAACAGCCAUUUCCCUCCCUCUAUAAUCAUGUUCCCAUUGGUUCAAUAAACUCAAAGCUUCCUUACACAGAUCAGUUCAGGUUUCUCAACAAAGCAGCAAUCAUCACCCCGGAAGACCAAAUCAACACAGAUGGAUCAGCAGCAACCUCAUGGAGACUGUGCAGUGUGCAGCAAGUCGAAGAAGUGAAAUGCUUGUUGAGAGUUCUACCCAUCUGGGCUGCAAGCAUAGUCUUUGGUGUUGUGAUUGUCCAACAGCAGACCUCUGUAGUAUUCCAAGCCCUCCAAUCAGACAGGCGCCUGGGCAAUGGCGGCUUCAAGAUCCCAGCAGCUUCCUACAUGGUCUUCUCCAUGUUGAGCAUGACCAUAUGGAUACCAAUCUAUGACAGAAUAAUUGUCCCAGCACUUAGACGACUCAUGAAAAACGAAGAUGGUAUCACAAUCCUCCAGAAGAUGGGUGUUGGCAUGGUCAUAGCUGUGUUCACGAUGCUUGUAUCAGCUCUAGUAGAAAGUCAUAGGAGGAAGCUAGCUCUAACUAGGCCAACAUUAGGAGUUGAACCCAGAAAAGGUGCAAUUUCUUCAAUGUCAGGCUUGUGGCUAAUAGCUCAGUUGGCACUGGCAGGGCUUUCUGAAGCAUUCACUAUCAUUGGCCAAGUCGAAUUCUACUACAAGCAGUUCCCCGAGAAUAUGAGAAGCAUUGCUGGGUCUUUCUUGUUCUGUGGCAUGGCACUGUCAAGCUACUUGAGCAGCUUUUUGGAAUCUGUAGUCCACAAGACAACAGGUGGAGCUGGGAAGAGAAACUGGUUGGAUAAUGAUCUUAACAGGGCUAGACUGGACUACUUUUACUACCUAAUUGCUGGUUUGGAGGUCCUAAAUUUGGUCUACUUCCUAGUGUGUGCAAGGUGGUACAAGUACAAAGGGGCCACACCCAAAACAGUCGAUGUACCCCUGGAAAAGAUGGAUUCCAAAAAGCCUCCUGUUUGAUAUCUCAGUAGUGGAACUCGCUGGGGCAUCAAAUUAUGUGCUUUAGCAGAAUUGAGUUAUACUAUAAGCAAUUCCCAGAGAACUGAGAAGCAUUGAUGGGUCCUUUCGUUUCCAUUGUUUAGACUGGAAAUGGGAACAAAGACACUUGAAAAACCUCUAGCUUGAUGUUUGAAGUUCAUAGGAGAUACAAUAUUAAGACAAGACAACACAAUUAGAUUGAACUUGAUAAAGAAUAGCUGCAAAUACUCAUGUCUUCUUCUAUUUCCAAAGCAUUUGUUACUUCAGCUUAUAUAGCUAGAACAGGGAGAAUCCUAUUGCUUCUAACUUGUGCCUAGUUAUAGCUUUCUAGUCAUUCUCCUCCAAUGCUAAAGCGGUAAUCUCAAUGAGAUGUUACGGCAGAAUUUCAUAAGGCCCAGAAAUUUAUAAAGUUUCCAUGAAUUCGCAUUUCCAUUUAAAUAA